AUGGAUACCUUCCUGUCCUCCGCGUCCCAGACGCUCUCGUUCUACCUGAACGGAACACCCAUUCACCUUACAAACCCCCAUCCCCGCUGGACUCUGCUGGACUUCAUCCGCUCGCAGGAUGGACUCAAGGGCACGAAGCUGGGCUGUGGCGAGGGCGGGUGCGGUGCUUGCACCGUCGUCCUGCAGACCAGGGCCUCGCGCAUUCGCCAUGUCGCUGUGAACGCCUGCCUUUAUCCUUUGGUUGGAGUCACCGGAAAACAUGUCAUCACAGUGGAAGGGCUGGGGACAGUCGACAACCCACAUCCGCUGCAAGAGAGAAUCGCAAAGCUGCACGCGUCGCAGUGUGGAUUCUGCACGCCUGGGAUUGUCAUGUCGCUGUACGCUAUUGUCCGCAAUGCAUUCGACCCGGCUACUGGGGAGUUCCUGCUCUCGGAGCAAGAUAUCGAGGGGAAAGGACACCUCGAUGGGAAUCUGUGUCGGUGCACGGGGUAUAAACCCAUCUUCGAAGCGGCGAGGACGUUCCUACGUGAGGAUCUAGGCGUGACUCCUGUUAUUGUGCCGUCACUGGAAGAUGAGAUAGAAACGGACUUGACUGGGUCUGAUUCUGCAUCUGGCUCUGCAUCUGGAUCUGGGUCUAGCUCUGGCUCUGGUUCCUGUGGUCGUCCUGGAGGCUGCUGUCGUGAUAGCCCUGGGGAAUCAUGCUCGAGCAACACAGAUAUAACAGUGCCGUCACCGUCUUCUCCAAAGCAGUUUGAUUUCAUCCCGUAUGUCCCGACCACCGAACUGAUAUACCCGCCUGGGCUAGCCAAGUUCCAGCCCCAGCUUCUGUCCUACGGAGACGAAAGCCAGGCCUGGGUGAAGCCUACAACAGUCCAGGAGACACUCGACAUCCUAUCCCGAUACCCUACUGCGACCCUGGUCACAGGAGCAAGCGAAGUGCAAGUCGACGUGCGAUUCAAGAACUUCAGCCCCCGGGUUAGUGUCUUUGUCGGUGACAUCCCAGAACUGACAUCCAUCACCUGGAGCGAUGACAAGAAGACCCUUCACGUCGGGGGCUCGGCCUCUCUAUCAGACCUUGAAACCGAAUGCCAGCGCUGUAUUCCUGACUUCAACGCUACGAAUCCUACGAAUCCAGGCUACGCAUCGACUAUGUCCGCAAUCGCCAAAACCCUGCGCUACUUCGCCGGCCGCCAGAUCCGCAACGCGGCCUCGCUGGCUGGGAAUAUCGCCACGGCGUCUCCAAUCUCAGAUAUGAACCCACUCCUCCUCGCCCUAAACGCAACAGUGCACACAAAGACGCUCGAAAAGGAGACAUCAAUCCCAAUGACCCAACUGUUCAAGGGAUACAGAAAAACAGCCCUCCCCCCGGCAUCUCUCAUAACCCGAAUCUCCAUCCCAAUGCCAUCAAAGCAUACCCUCGAAUUCACAAACGCAUACAAACAAGCAAAGCGCAAAGACGACGACAUCGCCAUCGUCACCGCUGCAUUCCACGCCUCUCUCUCCCAAGGUCCGGAGUAUAAAAUCGAGGAAAUAUCCCUCGCCUUCGGCGGCAUGGCACCUACAACCGUCCUCGCACCAAUAACAGCAUCAACACUCCUAAACAAACCCUGGACCCCUUCCACCCUAGACGAAGCCCUAACAAGCCUAAGCCAGGAACUCGCCCUCCCCUACACCGUCCCAGGCGGGAUGGCUACAUUCCGACGAACACUAACGCUCUCCCUCCUGCUCCGCUUCUGGCACUCCAUAUCCCAAAAACUCAAUCUCGAGUUCGAUUCCGAUCUGGUUCAUGAAAUCCAUCGUGGGAUUUCGUGCGGCACGCGCGAUGACGUGAACCCACACGCGCAGAGCGUCGUCGGACAGCAGAUCCCGCAUCUUAGUGGGCUGAAACACGCUACCGGCGAAGCGGAGUAUGUGGAUGAUAUGCCCCCGCUGUAUAGGGAGUUACAUGGGGCGUUGGUUCUUUCGGAGCGUGCGCAUGCGAGGAUUGUGGGGGUUGAUUGGACUCCUGCUCUUGAGGCUGGGGCGGUGGGGUUUGUGGAUGAGGGGUGUUUGCCGGGGGAGAGGAAUCUGUGGGGGUCUGUUGUUCAUGAUGAGCCGGUGUUUGCGAGGGGGGUUGUGUGUUCGCAUGGGCAGCCGGUUGGGAUGGUUUAUGCGGAGAGUUUGGAGAUUGCACGGGCUGCUGCUAAUGUUGUGAAGGUUGUGUAUGAGGAUUUGCCGGCGGUGAUUACGAUUGAUGAGGCGAUUGGAGAGGGGUCGUUUUUUAAGCAUGGGAAGGAGUUGAGGAGGGGGGUUAAGCCGGAGGAGAUGGAUAAUGUGUUUAAGGAGUGUGAGGUUGUGCUGUCUGGCACGACGAGGGUCGGUGGCCAGGAGCAUUUCUAUCUCGAGACGAAUGCGGCCGUUGCGGUGCCGAAUGCUGAGGAUGGGAGUAUGGAUGUCUGGUCCAGCACGCAGAACACAAUGGAAACGCAAGACUUCGUCAGCCAAGUCGUCAACGUCCCCCGGCACAAAAUCAACGCCCGAGUGCGUCGCAUGGGCGGUGCAUUCGGAGGGAAAGAGUCUCGCUCUGUCCCCAUCGCAUGCAUGGUCGCCGUCGCAGCGAAGAAGACCAGACGCCCAGUCCGGAUCAUGCUCAGCCGCGACGAAGACAUGAUGACCUCCGGGCAGAGACACCCCGUGCAGUGCCGCUGGAAGGUAGGAUGCACGAGAGAGGGCAGGCUGAUCGCCCUCGACGCAGACGCAUACAAUAACGCCGGGUACUCGCUCGACAUGUCCAGCGCCGUGAUGGACCGGUGUCUGACGCAUAUGGACAACUGCUACUUCAUCCCGAAUGUGUGGCUGCGCGGCUGGGUGUGCAAGACGAACACGCACAGCAACACUGCGUUCCGCGGUUUCGGGGCUCCGCAGGCCAUGUACAUCGCAGAGAGCAUUAUCAAUGCUGUUGCUGAGAAGGUAGGUAUAAGCGUUGACGAGAUCCGACGGCGCAAUCUGUACGCUAUCGGCCAGCGCACGCCGUUCCUCCAGACUAUCGACGAGGACUGGCACGUCCCGAUAAUCCUGGAGCAGGUGCGUCAGGAGGCGAAAUACGACGAGCGCCGUAAGGCAGUUGAGGAGUUCAACGCCGCGCACCGCUGGCGCAAGCGCGGGAUCUGUCUUAUCCCGACGAAGUUUGGGAUUUCGUUCGCGACGGCCCUGCAUUUGAACCAGGCCAGUGCGGCGGUGCGGGUUUAUACGGAUGGCUCGGUGCUGCUGCAUCAUGGCGGUACGGAGAUGGGCCAGGGGCUGUAUACGAAGAUGGUGCAGAUUGCAGCCCAGGAACUCCGUGUCCCUGUUGACCAGGUGUAUACGGAGGGGACAUCCUCAUAUCAAACGGCCAACGUCUCGCCGACUGCUGCAUCGUCAGGGAGUGACCUGAACGGUAUGGCGGUUAAGCAUGCCUGCGACCAGAUCAACGAGCGUCUGCAGCCAUACCGCGAGAAAUGGCCCGAUGCGUCGCUAGGAAAGAUCGCUAUGGCGGCGUAUCGAGACCGCGUCAACCUCUCUGCUGCUGGGUUCUGGAAGAUGCCGACAAUUGGGUACGAGUGGGGGAAUUAUGACCCGGAGACUGUCAAGCCCAUGUACUUUUACUUCACACAGGGGGCUGCAUGCACCGAAGUCGAACUGGACCUUUUGACAGGCGACCACACGGUCCUGCGCACAGAUAUCAAAAUGGACGUCGGGCGAUCCAUAAACCCAGCGAUCGACUAUGGGCAGAUUGAAGGCGCGUUCGUCCAAGGCCAGGGUUUGUUCACUAUGGAAGAGUCGCUCUGGACGCAAUCGGGCCAGCUCGCGACCAGAGGGCCAGGGAACUACAAGAUCCCUGGCUUCUGCGACAUCCCGCAGGAAUUCAAUGUCAGUUUCCUCCAGGGCGUUGGCUGGAAGACGCUGCGCAGUAUCCAGUCGAGCAAGGGCAUUGGGGAGCCGCCGCUUUUCCUGGGCAGUACUGUCUUGUUUGCCUUGAGGGAUGCACUGGGGUUUGCUAGAAGAGAAAGGGGGGUGAAGACGCCUCUGGUCCUGGAUAGUCCAGCUACUGUGGAAAGGUUGAGGCUGGCGGUUGGGGACGAGUUGCUGGAGAGGGGAAUGGCCGAGAGAAAGGAGGGAGAGAGGAAUUUCUUCGUUACUGUUGCUUAA